AUGGAGUUUGAGAGGUUUAAUGGCAGUGCCUUUUGGGAGAAGCAGAGGCAGCUAUAUCAGGUUUCAGUGUGGUUGCAGGAAAAGCACAACAAGGGUCUGAGUCUGGAUCCUCUUAGUAAUCAUCAUCAUCAGAACCAACAGGCUCCACCUUCGAGACAUGUAGAAGAGGAAGGAGAACAAGUGGAAGAUGAAGAACAAUACCCAUUUGAAAUAUUACAGCAACAAACCUUCCCUGGACACCACAACCAACUGCGAGAGCAUUUUUUGUAUGGAAGAUUAGAUUCAUCAUCACCACCACCACAGCCACCAUCACAACCACCCAAGAAACGCUCUAACUUUCCUACUUUCUCAGCCGACGAAUAUGCUAAAUUGGGAGAAAAAAUGGAAGAAACUCAUCACAACCACCAGCACCACCACCGGGCAACGUCGUCAAGAUUGGGGCUAAGAAAUUCCGGCGGCGAGAUCGUGGAAGUUCAAGGAGGCCACAUUGUUCGGUCCACCGGGCGCAAAGACCGGCACAGCAAAGUCUGCACCGCCAAAGGCCCGAGGGACCGGCGAGUCCGCCUCUCAGCCCACACCGCCAUUCAAUUCUACGACGUCCAGGACCGCCUUGGCUUCGACCGCCCCAGCAAAGCCGUGGAUUGGCUCAUCAAAAAGGCCAAACCCGCCAUAGACGAGCUCGCGGAGCUACCCGCAUGGAAUCCCAUUACUGCUUCAAUAGCAACUCCGAAUAUUGACCAAAACCAAGGUCAAAAUCAGCAAGAAGAUCAUUUUCAGCAGCUUCGUAUCCUCCACCGCGAUGUGGUGGAUACCAUUACCGGUCCUUCUAGCAACGCAGGCGACGAGAACAGCUCGAGUUUUUUGCCACCAUCUUUGGAUUCUGAUGCCAUUGCUGAUACUAUUAAGUCUUUCUUCCCAAUGGUUACUUCAACGGAGACCAAUUCGUCUGCAAUUCAGUUUCAUGGCUUUCCACCACCGGAUUGCAAUUUGCUAUCAAGACCCAGGAAUCAGAGCCAAGAUCUGAGGCUCUCUCUUCAGUCUUUUCAAGAUCCCACUUUUCUCCACCACCAUAACCAACAAACUCAGCAUCAGCAUUCCACAAAUCACAGUGAACAAGCACUUUUCUCUGGAACAACCCCACUUGUGUUUGAUGGGGCAAAUUGGUCCGAGACCCAGAGAAUGGUGGCUUGGAAUGGUGGUGGAGACACUGCUAGUGGUGGUGGUGGUGGAGGAUUUAUCUUCAAUUCACCACCAACGCCGCCGUUGUUCGGCCAAACACAGCAGUAUUAUCAGAGGGGACCCCUUCAGUCCAGUAACACACCUUGGGUUCGUGCUUGGAUGGACCCGUCCGCCAUUGCUAUCAGCAACUCUGAUCAUCAUCGGCAAUAUCAAACAGUACUACCCAUCCAUCCAUCUUCAAUGUCUGGCAUUGGAUUUGCCUCUGGAGUAGGCGGAUUCUCCGAUUUUCGUAUUCCAGCACGAAUCCAAGGUGAAGAAGAGGAACACGACGGCAUUUCCGACAAGCCGUCCUCUGCUUCCUCCGAUUCUCGCCAUUGAUUUAGCUCAAAACUGAAACUUUCUCCCUCUCUCUAGCUAAAAGGAAAUAAUCCGUACGUAGUCUGCAAGAGCAACCAAGAACAGGCAGUUUGCUGACGUUGGAGCUGUUAAUUGGAUUGAGUCAAGCAAGGGGGGAGAGUUUUCAGUCAAUUUAUCCAGUGGCCACUACCGCGUGGAAGAAGAAUUCUGAGUCUGUUUCAGGUUUUCUGAUUGCGGUUUGCUAUUCAAUUUUACUGUCUAUGCUUUAAUUUUGCUUUCAAAUUCGAGUGGGCUAUCACAGCUCAACUUUUUGAGUCUCUGUGGGUUGCUUUGUGUUUUGUUGCUAGACUUUGAUGUUGCGACUGUUUGCUUAAUUUUUCAGUUCCUGAGUUAGGACUAUGAGAAAGUACUAUUAUGUUAUGAUCAAGUUCACUUAUUUCCACUACUUAAAACAGAUCUGUGAUCCCAAAUCUGGCACUGGUUUCUCAUAGAAAUGCAAUACUAGAUGGAGAAAGGCCAGAUAAUUUGAC